UUUUUUUAAUAAAAAUUCUCGAAACACAAUCACAAGUCAAAAUGGAAUUAUAAGGGUUUAAAAGGUUUCAAGUCACUUUUAGUCAGUCUCUACAUUUUAUUCAUUCGGAAUUUGUUUGGCCAAAAUUUCAUCCCAGUCAACGUCGUCCAAUUCUUCGAGUAACGACGAAUUCAAGCGAAUGAUGAGAAUGUCGUUCAAAAUGUCGGGAGACAAAUUACAUCGGCGGCGAUCAUAAAUGAAAUCCAAUGAAGAAAAGCCUCGCUCAACACUCGUUUGUCCAUUUGGCACAGCAAAAAGAACUUUGGCUAGUUCGUAUAAGAGUGGAAAUUUGCCUUUGUUAUUCUUCCAGUACGCCAAAAUUUCCACUUCUCUGUCAAUUCGUCUGACUUUCUUGAAACGUUGGAUUUCAUCUUGAAUGGGUGAAUCGGAAGCCGAUGGAUCCAUUUCUUGGUUUUCAUCGCCUUCAUCUGCGUCCAAAUCAGCUGCCAUCAAUAGUACUUCAAGUUCAUCCAUUUCACGGUCAUUUUGCUGAUCGUUUGGCUUCUUUUUUUGUAAUUUUGAGUGCAACGCGAUCAGCUCACAUAGUGCCACUUGUUGCUCGCCUUGAUUCAGUAUUGAUUUGUAUCGUGGAUCAAGGAAAAUAGCCGCAAAAACACUUGGAUUUUUAAUUACAUGUUCUCUUUCAUCCAAACAUUUCAAUAUGUUUUUCGCCAGUGGUGUUGUGUUCCGGCGGAGUUGAAUUUGGAGCAUGUUCCACAGUGCCCACAUGUCAGUGAGUGUACACUUGACAGCCUGAAGUUUGAUAGAUGGUACAUAUGCAAUUACCAAGACAUCUAUAAUGCUUCUCAACUGAUCCCAAUGAUAGAAGCCAUAUUUUGCGUCUUCCUCUGCUAGUUGCUGCACAAACGGUUUCAAUUCCCAAAUGCUUUUCAGCUGAAACAUUUUUCAUUAUAUAAUAAUAAUGCAAGCAAAGUAUUUUAUCAAACUUGUUCAACUCACCAUUAUAUAUUUUGAGUUCCAACGUGUUGGAACGUCAAUUUGAGGUAAUUUGUGGCUGGUCUCCGUCCGAAUACGAGUCAAAAUAGUUGGUGUACGUAGUUGCUUGACAAGAUCGCGUGCUGCUGUGAUACAAUUUUUGACCGUAGCUGUAGAUUUUAUCCCUUUUUCAACUGCCAAAUGUAAAGAAUGGCUGGCGCAACCGAUUGUAUUUGUUGAUUUGAUGUGAAUGUCUUUGUUACGUGCUGCAUAUUUCUCUGCCACAUUUGAAAUAAGGUCGGCAUAAUAUUGGCAAUCAGUAAGCAUGUUCAAAAUUGCGUCUUCAAAUUCGUCUUCGGUCAGCAUUCUUGGCUCAUCUUCAUCAUCUUCUUGGCUCGGCACAUUGGUUUCAACACCUUCAGAUGUGUCGUCGUCAGCUGCUUCAUCCAGGAGUCUUCCCGCUUUACUCAUAUUGAAUGCAUUAUCGGCAAUGAAAGAAAAGACCUGAUCUGGUGCAAGUCCGAACCCUUCUUCUAACAACUUGAUUAUGUCAUCCACAAUAUUUUCUGAUGUGUGUCGAUGAGUAAUUUCCUCCAUUGAUAUCGUUCGAAUGACUGUUUGAUCGUUGAUAACACACGAUGUAUUGACCCCAAGUAUGGAUCUCUUAUUUUUCGUUGCGAUAUCGACCAUAAUGUUGAACAUUUCAUCUUUUAGCUCAGCUGAAAUUUUCUUCCGGAUCACAGCAGCUGUAGCUUUGAUGUAACCAUGAAUGUUUCGUGAUGUAAUUUGUAGCCCACAAGUCUUCAAUGCGUUGAAAUACUGAAUACCAUAAAAACAUGCACCAAAUUUAUUCAUAAAACAUCGGAAAUUGAAUUGCAAAUAUUUUUUUGUUGGAAAAAUAAUUACCGGUGCCAGGAGAACUUGAAAGUUAUUGAGAUCAACCAGUGGUUUUCCUCGAAUCGUAACAACUUUUAACAAUGAUUCAACGAUUUGGCGAGUUGUGACGUUGAUUUUGAUUGUAUGCAUUUUUCGUGCCAAUGACACAACAUUUUCACAUUCAAUUGGAUGACAUGUUUUCUUCGAACAACUCUCAAAAUGCCGCUUUAAAUUCCACUUGUUGAAUCCCUUAAAUUUAGCAUCACAACCAUAACAAGUCGUCCGUCCCAAAACCCUAUCGUGGUGAAAAGUUUCGAAAAUUUCCUCCUCUGUCAGAUUACUCAUAUUGGCCGAAAAAUUUUGUUCAAAAAACUCAAACCAUUUUCAAAUGCUAAACUGUCAAGUGUCCACACACAAAUGAGAGAUUGUUUUAUUUCCAUUGCUGAAACUGUGUAACACAUUUGUCAACACUUUCUGCUUUUACCGUUAAUCGGACCGCACACGAAGCAAACAUCCGAACGUGCGGUGUACGCACAGUUGAGUUUCUGAUCUAUUGCUCAUGCUGUUGAUGCUGCUGCUGUCAGCUGAAACAAUGUGAUUGUUGUUGUCGCUGUGUGCACUGUGUUUAUGUGCUACCACUCUUGCCAACCUGAGACUGUCACAUUUCAAAUUUCGGCAUCGGAUCAUAUUUCACAACAAACACUUCGCAGUGAAAAAGUAUAAAACAAGCAAGUGAAUCGUUUGGUUUGCAAAAAUGUUUUUUUGGGUAUUAUUGAACUGUAAUCGAAAGAUUUUGGUUCCAAUAAAUCAUUUUGAUUUGUCGAACAAUGGACUUUGCACAUUUUAUAAUGGUGGUGGAAUUGGAAAAAAAAUAUCCAAAGUGUUUUACUCUGCCAACAAACGUGCUGAAGCCAACUUUGAUCUGGACAUUUCAACAACAUUCGAACAAGGUGUUGAUGCUUGCUAUAGCGGAAAAAUUUUAGCAUGUUUCGGUAAGAGUUGGAUUAUUUUAAGCUAACGAUUAAUGGAUGGUAUGGAAUUUUUACAUAUAUUUAUUUUAGGUACCGAGCGCGAAGCUGUUUCUGCUGGAUUGAUGCAUGAAACCGAAAUUGGUGCAUCGUUGGGUUUGCCAGGCAAUGAUGGUAAUGAAGCCGAUGUUAAACAAGAGGAUGAAGAAGAACAACAGAAAAAACGACAGGAGCAAAUCGAAUUGUUGAAGAAAGCCGCUAUGUAUCUGCGAAAUCGCCUCGGUAUGAAUGACAUUUUGGAUGGAGAAUUGGCCGAUUUUCAAGAUGUACUAAACGUCGACGAAGAAAAUGAUGACGAUACGAUUGAAUCGCUUUCAAAUGAUGAUACAUCUAUUUCGGUUGAUUCACCAUCAGCAAAUGCCGAUUUGGAAGUUGAUGGUCGCCAAUUUGAUCCCUUUUCUGGUUACAUGAACUUUGUUAUUUCUCUGAAUGGAGACCGAAUCUAUACUGACGCCAAUUUAACACUUCGCCAACAAGCUGUUAAAAUGUGGUUGUAUUUGAACAGUGAUGCACCAUUCAAUGGACCAACAUACGAUGAAAAAUUUCUUCGUGGCUUGCUUUUGGAAAUUUUCGGUUUCAACAAUCUUGCAAAGUUUGAAUUGGAUCGAACAAAGCUGGAUUUCAUUCGAGAUGUAUUUCUUGUGCGUGUUUUGGAUGAUGAUUCACGUAUGUCCCACUUCGAAGGAUAUGUUCAGAAGAAGUGCAAUGAAUGCAAGGAAAAACUCGAGUCCAACCAACAGUUUUAUUCUCUUGUUAACAAAUAGACUAGAGAACCGACUCAUUCAUUUAUUAACUUUGGUCCACGAUGUAUACAAUUUACUAUGUUGAAAAUGAAUGUAUAAAUCGAACAACAUUAUAAGAGUGAACAAAAUCAUUUUUGAUAAUUUAAAUAAAAAAAA